UCUAACGUUACGUUUCGCUUUGUAUCUUGUUUUGUGGUAAUAGUUUUACAUUGAAUAUUGUACUAUUGUCAGAGCUUGAGAAGAGAAUUUACCAGAUUCAAAAAUAGAAUAAAAUUUGGGAGAUUUGUGAAGUUGUGUGACAUCUGCAUAUAGAAUUAACAGAAGAAUCGCUCUUGAAAUGAAGAAACAAAAAUAGACUUAAACAAUGGGUGAAAUGUGAUGUUGUCAAGAAAGAAGGAUCACAAAUAUUUGAGAGAUGGAGUGGAAGGAAAGUAUGUCAAGAAAGAAAAUCCUCCAGAUUUAAGAAUUAUUAAUGUUUGGACCACAAUAAAUGACCAGUCACAAAAGAAGAAUGCUGUCCAACCAAAGAAAGGCAGUGUAUUGUCACUUCAUGGACAUGAACCUCCCAAUCCAACUAGUUUAGCACAAAAAUGUGCCAAAGCUCAAACUUCUCUGAAUCAACAGACACUUGGAGUUUUACAACAGAAUGAUGGAUCACAAUCAGCUCUUCAGCCACUUUCUCAUGAAAAGGCUGUUGGAAUUGGAGGUUUAUUUGGUUUAGCAAGAUGUAGGAUGGGUAGUUCCCAGAUGGUACAACCAGCUUCUGCAACACCAGGAUGUCAUGUUGGAGAUUUUGCUAGUCAUAAAUCCUACUCGAGGUCAGCAGAAAAUGUAAUUCCUUCCCCUGUUGUUCAGUGCUUACCUGGUCCAGAGACAAAUCCACAUCAUCAGGUUGUUGGUACAUCCUCUGUUUUUGCUCAGUCUCAGCAUCAACUCCAGUCUCACGUUUAUGUAAAUCAGCUUGCUGGUAGAAAUUUACUCACCAGAGAUAAGCAAGUAUUUGGUGAAAGAAAUUAUCAAGGUAUGAAGCCAGAAGAUAGAUUUCAACUUUCAGGUUUUGCUGAUCAAGACGUUGCCCAAGAUGCCUGGCAUCAGCUUGAUGAAAACUACCAAAUUCAACUUUAUCACCAGCAGAUUAGGGAACAUUAUGCCCAGCAACAGCAGCAGCAUUCGGAAGCUACCCACAUAGAACGUAGCAAUAUUCACCCUUUACCAGCAGGAUUUACUCAUAUUACAGGUAAAGCUGUUACCAGUCACCAAGACCCACAUCCUUUCCUAUCUCCAUUGUUUAAAUCUACAAAUCAGUAUACAUCCUCUCAUCUUGUCUCAGAUCCAUUACACUUAUCACAAUCAGUGACAUCUCCAGUUCCAACUUCUGCUAGUGGCUCUGGAAGAAAUAACCAGCCCAAUCCAGCCCUCUGUGGUGUUAAACCAUUUUCUCACCCAUCUCUAGCAGUAACUGCAUCUUCUACUGUAGACAACAGUCAUAAGCAACAUUUCCAGCAGCAACAACAGCAGCCAGAGGAGCUACCGCUACCACCAGGUUGGUCAGUUGGCUAUACCAUGCGUGGACGAAAGUACUACAUUGACCACAAUACUAAAACUACUCACUGGAGCCACCCAUUAGAGAAAGAAGGAUUACCUACUGGCUGGGAAAGAAUUGAAUCUCCUGAAUAUGGAGUUUAUUACUUUAACCAUAUCACAAAGCAAGCCCAGUAUGAGCAUCCCUGUGCUCCACAGUAUGGUCAUUUGACUCCAGUUAUACAUCAACCAGCUGUUCCUGAUCAUCCUCCUCCUCUACGUAAUACUUACCACCAACAUAAUGUAAUAGUACCAGCAAAUCCAUACCUUACUGAAGAAAUACCACACUGGCUGUAUAUAUAUUCCCAAGCCCCAUCAACUUCUGAUCAUAAGAUUAAGUGGGAAAUGUUUCCCCUCCAAGAACUGGAUUGUUUUGAAGGUAUGCUUAAACGGUUACACAAGAAAGAAGUUGAAGAGAUUGUCAUGAAGUAUGAAGCUUACCGCAUAGCCUUGAUGAGAGAAAAAGAGCGUAAAAGGUUAGAGAUGGCACAAGAACAAACAGUUCCUACUGCAUCUGAAAUUUAAUAGAAACAUGCUUUCAUGAAUUUCAGUUUAUUAGUUUUUACCUUUUAUGUGUAAAACUUGAUAAGAUGAUUUCUUUUUGUAACUGCUGAAUUUAGACCUCUUAACCCUUCUCUUCUCAUGUCAAUAAAGUAUAAUAUUUUCUUGCAGAUUUAGACGAUUGCAAAAUUAGUAGCAAAAUCUUCUAUCCUAGUUAUUAUUCAUAAAUAUGUGUAUAUAAAGUACUCUGUAUGUAAUUUUCCUAGGCAACCAUGAUACUAUAUAUAUACCUUUUUGUUUUAUAUCUUUCCAUUGGGUACUGCCAUCUGUUGAGGAAAACAAGAAAGAAAGCCUGAUUUGUAAAUAACAUAAAUGUAGAUGCAAAUUUAGGCCCAUGAAAGCUUUAUCAUAGAGCCUAAAGGUACAAGUAUAAGGGUAAGAUGACCAUACAUCUAGUGCCUUAAUGCUUAAAGUAAUUAUCAGACAUUUAAGUAGGGUGUUAUAUAUGUAAAACUUUGUAUAUAAUUUGUUUAAGAAAAUUCUACUAAGCAGAAGCUUAUACCAGUAACUGUGUUUUGAGAAUUUUGAAACUUGUAUCUUGUUAUUUUUUACAAGAGUAGUGUUAUGUUUUCAUUUUCCAAGGAUCAUCCAACAAGAAUUUGUGAAAGGAAUAAAAUUAUCUUAUUGGGCAUAGAAAACGUUUCUGAUUCAGUAACAAGUAAAAAAAAAAGAAAUUUUAUAAUUAGCGAACAUUCGUUUUAUUUAUAAGAUGAUUAUUUGUUUGUGCUAAACUUUGGGUCACAAAACGCUCAGUGGACAAACACAUCAUUGAAAGUUAUAGGAAAUAUGCCUUGUUCUUCUUUAUGGAUAAACUACUUAUUAUUUUAUGUGGAGCUUUAGUUGAAAUGUCCGAAACUAACCAUUAAAAUUGUGCAUGAGUGGGGGUAAAAAUUCACAGGCCAUGAACCUUUUGCAAAGUGUCAUUCAAUGUGAUAUUAUGUAUCUGAUGUCAGAGUUAUCAACUAUGAAUUUUGCUCUUUAUUGCUGAUUUAGUCCCCAGUAGAGGAAAGUAAAUAACAGGUACACUAUAUGGGAAUACUGAAAAAAAAUGUAGAUAUGCAUUUCAGAGAUUCUAAAGGCUAUGCUAAUACAGUUAUGCAAACUGUAUGAUGAACAAAAUUAUCCUUAUUCUUCACACGAACAUAAUCUUGUUCCAACUUUUCAGAGUCCGAGUCUAACAUCGUUAGUUCUUGAGCAUAACUACCUUUGUAACUCCUUUGAGUUGUUGUGUACAUCAGACUUGUACAAUUUACUUAAAGCUUGCUACAUUCCGUGUAGAUACACAUAGUAAAUUUGGAAUUAUACGCAAUAUUCCUUCUCCAUUACAGGGUUGAUCCAAUGGACUGACCCCAUGCAUAUUCAGUUAAUAAUCAGUUCUUAUUACCAAAGGCCAUUUUUAAUGCUCCAUUCAGCCUUCCAAUCUCCAGGACCUUACAGCUCCUAAAUUGCACAGAAACUUGGAAAAUUUGGGCAUUUUGUAUAGUUUGUAUAUUUUAUUGGCAUAUUAGCUUAAUGUAGCAGUUCAAUUUUCAGUGAAAUAUUUAGUUUAUGAAUUUGUCACUUAUAUAAUUUCAACAUAUCAUUUUGUCUUUAGCUGUUACAUGAUAAUGUUCUCUAGGUAUUACUGAAUAUUCAGUAAAAACUAAUGGAAAGUGAAAACAUAAUUCAAAUAUCGUUCAAGGCAAAAAUACUGUGUAUGUGUUUAUAGAUGCCUUAAUUACAUAAAUAAGCUUUUUCAUUAUUAAAUUAUGUAUUUUUAUAAAAUUAUUGGAACAAAAACAGCUUUUCUGACAAAUUUCCUAUUUGUGUAUUCAAAUUAAAUUUCUCUGUUCAUAUGGUGGUCAAAAUAAAAGGAAUACUGAACACGAUUUGUAAUAUAGUUUUAUGAGUGUUUCUUGUAUAUUGUUAUGUAGCUUUUCAAUAAUUAUGCUUGAAGUUGGAACUGACAAGUAAGACUAUGUUAGAAUAAAUUUUGAUGAUAAAAACAUCUGUCAUGCAGAAGACACAGUAGGAGUUGAGUGAACAAGUUGACAUAUAGACUCUCCUGCUAAAAGUAUCCUGAUAACUGUUCAUAGAGAAUGUCUGUAGUGAUCAUUAUUUCUAAUAUAGUAAAACACUGUACUUUUAUUGAACAUCUUCUUAUAUGAUAAGUUACAUCUUUUCACAUAAUAGCUUUUAUUAAUUUGUGCUGCACUCUAUAUGUGCAAUUUUUGCUUGCCACUAGCCUUGAAGGCCCCACCUAACUUCAUGUGGUUACACGUGGUAUAGCUGCAUGAAGUAUGUAAUUGAGCUUGUGACAACACUCCACCAAUAGAAGUGCAACACACCAUCCAUGUGCAGCUGACACCCUUUAUACUGUAGAGCACAAUCAUAACUUCUCCAUUUAGCACUAAUGUGUAACAACAUGUCUUUUAUAUUUCACUUUUCAGAGAUAGGCAUUUUUUAAGUGGAAGUAUUUAUUGUUGGAGUUUUGCUUUCCAACAUUUUCUGUACAUGCAGAUUUAAUCCCUGUCACACCAAACAUGCUCGCCCUUUCAGCCAUGGAUGCGUUUUAAUGUGACGGUGAAUCCCACUAUUUGUUGGUAAAAGUGUAGCCCAAGAGUUGGCAGUGGGUGGUGAUGACUAGCUGCCUUCUCUCUAGUCUUACACUGCUAAAUUAGGGACAGCUAGCACAGAUAGCCCUCAUGUAGCUUUGCCCGAAAUCCAUAACAAGCCAAACCAAACAUGUAGAUUUUGUGACCUUUUAUUACCACAUUAGAAUAAGUAACUUCUUCUUUGUCUUGUGUGAGACAACAAGAUGUUGUUCACACUAGUAUCAUACCUACGUUAGUGUUGGGAAAAGUGACAGUUUUUGUGCAGCGGGUGGUAGAGUAGUUCAUGCAGCUAGUGCCUUCUUUUGUACCUGAUAUGCCUCCACUUAUAUCUCUCAUUCCUGAAAGCAGGAAUUUUGCCAGGUUUUUUCCCAUUACUUACCUUUUUCUUAUCUUAUACCUGUGCUGUCUUGAAUCUACCUAAGCCCUUUUUAUAAUUUCGAGACUAGGUUUCUCAUGUAUAUUUCAUUCCUUUUCUUUGUAAUUCAUUCCUUGCUUCUUCUUUUUAUCCAAAUAUGCUAGUCCAUAUUCAGUUCCUUUUACCACUACUUUGGUGAAGUAUGCCUCGUCCUCUGUUUCUUGUUACCUCGUAUGGCUAAGCCUAACUUCAUUCUGUAUUGCCUCUCCUUGAAUCUUAAACUCUGGAGUCUUUUCUUCAAACUUGGAGAUUGGAUCUUCUGUUUUUCAAUCAUCUUUUCUUAGGCUUAAGUUUCUCGCCUUCAUCUUAUACCCUCUACCCCUUUCCACUAUUUUUCAUCUAUUCACCUUCUCUCAGUGGUAAUCCACCAUUCCCCUGAGGGGUUUUUGGCAGAUGCUCGUUCACUUAUUUUCUCUACAGUGGUUUGUUUAUCUUCCUUAGCCUUAUCCCUUCAUAUCUGUUUGAUCUGUUGCUAGAGUUUGUUCGGGUAUGAUGCCCUUGUAACUCUAGUCCAUUUGUCUUCCUUUUCUCUCAUAUGCACUUUUUUUUUGAGGGACAUGGAGAAAUUAGUUUCUCAUGCCCUAUCCUCUUCUUCUUUCACUGUAUGGGAGGUUCUCUCUCUGUUGGGGACUUGGGCUUCCCUGGAAUUUCAUCUCCCCUUGAGUCAUGCUCAUUUGCAAGGUCUAUAAUGGACUCUGCAUGAUCAAUAGUUCCUCACUUGCAUUCCCUUGUCCUCCACCAUUUUCCUUCCUCCUUCUUUACUCAAAGCUUUCACCUGAUGACUUGAUACACCCAAUACCAAAGAAGGUGUUCCUCUUCCUUCCUCACAUCUGGGUCUCCAUCUAUUUCCAGAUGCCUCCUUGACAAGUUGGGGGGCAUGUCUCAAUUAUCAAGUGAUUUUGGGUCAGUCAUACCAUGAUGAUUCAUACCUUCCUGUCAUUCUCUUAGAAGUUUUGGUGGUACGUCGAACUUUGAACCAUUUUCUUAUGAUGGCUUUUGGACGUCUGGUGAUGAUCCAUACAGCCAAAUCUGCUGUUGUCUCCUAUAUAUAUUGCUAGGGGAGUAUCCAGUCUCACUUUUUCUGUUUCCCUGCUCUCAACCUCUUCUUCUGGACCCAUUCUUUGCAUAUAUGUCUAAUAACUUGUAAUAUUCCAAGUGCCCUAAUUCUUGUCACUGAUUGUCUUUACAGGCCCAACAAAAGACUACUUAUGGAGUGGUCUCUCGAUUUUCUGGUGAUCCAGUGGAACUCCCCUUCUUUUUGCCACUUGUCUCAACACCAUACUUUCACUUUUCUGGCCCCUGGUUUCUCAUCCCUCAGCUCUCACUGUGGAUGCAUUCAGUCAGGACUGGUCCAACUUUUUUCUCUAUGCCUAUCCUCCUAUUCAUCUUCUCCCUCAUGUGCUUUUCCUCAUUCAUGUAGUGAAUUCUGUGUUGAGUUUCCUGCUUGCUCUGCACUGGCCAGCUCAGCUGUGGUUUCCUCUAUUUAACCUUUUCUGGUCCUUUCCUCUUCUUCCUUUACCUCUGUCAUGCUCCCUACUCCUUCAACCUCACUCCACUCUCUCCCAUCUGGCAGUGAUGUUACUUCGGCUUCACACAUGGGUUUGGUCUGGUUCCUUGUGAGAUGUUCCAGAUUCUCUUCAUGUGUAGUCUUCCUUCUUUCUCUUUCCAUUUGUUCUUCCUCCCUCUGUUUCAUGCUUUCUCCAUUUCUUGUCCUUCUAUCCCCAUCUUUCUGAAUUUUUACAUGGCUGUUUGCCCAAGGCUUAUCGCUUUCGACCAUUGCUGGCUACAGGGCAACUAUACCUACCGUUUUCGAGUUUUCCCAUUAUCAUGAUGUAUUUCUUCUCCUUCCCUUUCGUUCUUUUUGCCAUCUUCGUCCUUGUCUGACAGCCCUUCUUGAUUAGGGCCAGAAUACUGUUUUCCAUGCUCUUACCCUCUUUCCUUUUGCACCUUUAAUCUCUUGAUCCCUGUAGCAUCUUUUGCUUAAGUCCUAUUUUUUCCUUUUUGCCUAUGGCUGUAGAUCUGAUAUGUAUGCCAUUGAUGCUUACCAUCGUUUUUUCCAUCAUUCUCUUAUUCUUUGUUAUCCUACUCAUGCUUUACUCCCUAAAAUGUUUGUGGCUCAUGAAGGAGAAUAUGCAUUCACCUCUAUUUUCCUUCCUUCCAUUUCUCACUUAUAGUCUCGUUGUGACCGGAAUUGUUUUUUCUGUCCCAUUUGUGCAAUUCAUUGUUACUUGGCCCAUGUUGCUCCAUCUAUUUAUUUAAUAGAAUUCCUUAUCUCCCCGAGAUAUUUCUCCCAUUACCCUCAUGGUAUGAUGAAAUCAGCUCAUCCAUUCAACCUAUGCUUUAUUAGAUGUAGAUUCACAUUGACUCUUUUUAGGUUUCAUCUCACUAGAUCCCUCACCUUGCUCUCUCUGGUUGCUCACUUCCAUCAUUUGUUGCUGGAGGUCAUGCAGGCUGGCAUGUGAACUGCCCUCCAUACUAACAUCACACAUUCUCUUUAUCAUUCUUUGGGAUAUUGACUUCAUCUCGUUGUCAUUCUACAUGAUUUGCUGACUCUGAGUGGGUAAGUUCUUUUUCUUAUAUAUUCCUUUUACAGUGACCUAUUUCUACAUCUCUGGAUCCCACUCAGUGGUGAGUGGUGCCUGUCUGGGUAUACUUAACUUUGAAUCUGCACCAUGCAACCUUUAGGGUCUGUAAUGCUUACUGAUUAGAUGAGGUGUUCCACAAGACUACUCAAGGGUUUCUUACAUUAUAUUGCUUCAUAAAUAAGGUCCAUUCCAGACCAUACCAACUCAUGUACUAUCAUGAGUAAAGCAGUGUGAGGAUUGGUGCCCUUCCCUCCAUCCUAUUUGAAUAAAUCAGGAGCUUACUGCUUUUCAAAGUCUUAAGGUGUUGCCUUCCUCUAAACUCCCCACUGCAUUCCCUCCAUCUUCUAGUGGAGUAUGGAAGUCUUUGCCAUUUGUGUGUUCCUAGCUGCUGGAGUGAUAGACCAUGGAGACUUCCUCCUGAGUGUGACCACUUCCACUCAGCAGAGAGUAAGAUGGUGGUGUUCUGUUGGUGUAGAGAGCGUGUACUCUCCUCCUGUUGUGGGCCGGAAGUCACAUACUUGAUGCCACCCAGUUUUGGACUGGAAGAAUCUGCCAUAUGCAAUUCACCCAUCCUACUACUACCUGGAUGUCAGUUCCCAAGCAGUCUGGUGUUGGAUUGGUGCAGGACCAGCUAAAAUAAGUCCUCACACAUGUUGUUGGGAGGGGCCCUCCUCAUGCUGUGCACCAGAUGAAAAAUUCUCAAUGCUGCCUUGUUUUGGACUGAAGUUGACCCACCACAUUUGCAUUCCUCCUUUCUACUGUUGCUUGGAUGUUGGGUUCCCGAGUGGCCUGGUGUUGUUUGUGUACUGGGUUUGCACACUUGCCCUGUCUAGGUUAUUGGAACAGAAGUUGCUUUUUCCCUUCUGCUUCCUGGACUAGAGGGGAAGACAUUUGAGGACCCUUCUCCUACUACGGACUGGAAAACACACACCUGAUGCCUCCUGGUUUUGGACUGGAGUUGAUCCACCAGAUAUGGUCUGAUGUACCGUAGACACUCUUCACCAUCUGACACGUCCUUUUCCACUUGGCUUAGCAACAUGUAUCUUCAUUCAGGGUGCGAAGAGUAUAUCCUGGUACAGGUGAAGUGCAGUCUCCCAUGGGUGUGACCCUUUAUUUUCAUGGUUUGGGGUAUCAUGCUCCAUGGGUUCUCUGAGCACCGUUUCUAACUAUUAUGUGAGUGGAAGUAUCGUUUUGGAGGUUAACAUUUUCCAACAUUGAAAAUGUAUUUCUGACACACAUUUUCUUGCUUAAUCUUGAAGUGAUGAUUGUGCUCUACACUACAGAGGGAGUCAGCAGCGACAAGAGGGUGUGUCGCACUAAUAUUGGUGGAGGGUUGUCACAUGCUUGUUUGCAUACUACAAUGCAGUUAUACCACGUGUAAUCACAUGAAGUUAGGUGUGAGUCUCAAAGCUCAUGGCAAGUGAAAAUUAUGCAUAUAGAGGGUAGCAUAAAUCAAGGAAAGCCAUUAUGUGAAUGGGGGUAUUUAUUGCAAAUAAAUUUUCAGUGUUGAAAAGUGUUAACUUUUGUUAUUCUGUGAGUCAUGCUUUCAACUUGAUUAGAAAAAAGCAUCUGGAUCAAUUUGUCUCCAUGACACUUUCAAAAGUUGGACUAGUCAUUGAUAACCAGAAUGCUGUGGUCUAUAAUCCUUUGAGUCACCCCACCAGAUGGCCCCAGUAAUGUUUCCUAGAGUAGUAUUUCAUCUCUCAUCAGCCAUUCCAUAAUUGAUUUUGUUUUUUGAUACAGACAUUAGAUUUUUCUUAGCAGUAUUAUCUUUUUGACUUAAAAAUAUCCAGUGACAUCAUGCUAUCUCCUGGAAUAUGUGCACGUAAUAUUUUUUAAUGUUGAUGAAUAUUUAGACAUGCAUACAUUUCAAAGAUAGAUUCUUUGUCAAGUGAACAGAAACAGCCCAUAUCAUAACAUUUGAAGGACAAUUUAUAACAGUUUUACUGUUCACCUGCUUACAGACUUGUAUUUGAUCAUGAUUUCAAAAUUGGAUCAAGUGAUUUAUCUUUCCACCAAUUUUACAACUGUAUGUUAAGAUCCCAGUUGUGAUGGGCCUUACACCAAGGGAAAUGAAUUUGAACUACAUUUGGCAUAUUCUAGCCAUUCUUAAGUACAUACAUUAAUGGAGAGAAUGCUGCAUAGUCCUCAAAGGUGGUACCCAUUUACAUGUAGCUACACUGAAUGCAGUAAAGUCACAAGAAAUGUAACAAAGGUGUUUUUUAGUAUCACUUUCUCAUUUUUAACCAGUGAAAUUUUCUUAUACUUCAAUACUUUUGGUUUUCCCCAUACCAGUGGAUAGUCUGAUGGAUAGUAAAUAAUGUACAAUUAAGCAUUGAGAUUAUCUCAUAAUUUUCCACACUUCUAGUGUAAUCUUUAUUCUUAACAGAGCUGGCCCUUGGGGUGGGUGACAUGUGCACCUGCACAGGGCAGCCAUUCCAAGGGGCACCAAAAUUGACAUUGCAGUUAGCAGUUCCCCCACAAUUUUACAGGAGCAGGGGUGCUGAAUACAAAGUUUGCACAGGCCACAAUCUUGCCUAGGGAUGGCUCUGUCUAUUAAACUUACAAUUUGGCAUCAUGGACACAAUUUGAUGCUAUAUAUACCUACCAUUUGGUGUUUCUGAAUAUAUAUUUACUAAAUUUCCUAUAGGUCAAGCUGGGUAGGCCAUGUCAUACUGUCAGUGGAGUAUACAGAUACAUUUGGCUGGAAUGUGUAUAUCAAGUGUGACAGAAAAGAGUAUUCAAACUUUAUAAUAACAGAAGUGUGUGAGUUAAAAUGAUUCUGUAAGGAUAGAAUAUUUGAUGUACUGAUAAUGAAGAAUAAUUGGCAUGGGUCUAUUGGGAAAGCAAAGGCAGCUUUAAUUUUCCUCUCCAUGAAAGUUUUGGUUAUCUUAACUACAGCCAGGACCUAGAGAUCGGGUGCAAGUCAUCAUACACACCUGACCUCUUAGAAAAAUUCCAAAUAUUCCAUGAUUUAUUCUUAUUCAUAGGUAGUUCAAAACUGCUAUAUGCACUUGAGAUUUGCAGUGCACCUUUUUUGGAAGAGCUAUUUGUCAAAAAUUGCUAGUACAGCCAAUUUGCACAUUUUCUCAUAAGGUUUUAUUUUGUCAUUACCAUUCAUACAUGUAUAUUAUUUUAGGUCAAAAAUAUGAAUUAGAGAUACUAGCAGAUUCUUUCCAGUGAAUCUUUAUUUUAUUGUUUAUUUCAUAUUGUAAUACAACUGUAUGUUAGAACUAACAUGCCGAAGGUAGUUAAAGUUACAAAUUCCCUUUUGAACUACAGGGAAAUAUGUAGUUUACUUAUGUAAUUUUACAGUGCUGUAUUUGUAUAUUUUGUUUAAAAAUGCUCAUAAAGAAAUAAUCAAAACUUGUAAUAAAAUGUUUCAGUUUGUAUUGUUCAGUUAAUGAGAAUAAUAUCCAGCAUAGGAUUUGUGCUAAUAUAAAGGGACUUUCCUAUUCAUAACCACUGCAUUUAUGAAGCAAAGCUCUAGCCAUCAGCAGUGUUGCACUCUUUAGCACUCUCAACCUCAUCACUGUCCAGAUCUGGAUUAUGAUUUAAAGAACAUAUAUCUAAAUGGUACAUUUGCUAUUGCUAUAGUGGCCCCUUUGUUUUUAAUCACAGGCAUUAAUACAGAACAUGUUUGCUGUUGCUACAGUCACCUUUGACUCUACAUUUUGUGAAGAUUUAUAAUCCAUCUGGUGCAGAUGGUUUUGAUUUCUGAGUGGGCACUGUCAUUUGACUGUCUACAUCUACAUGCCAUUCUUUCUCAACUGGUUAAAGCAGCCUUGGCUUCAUUGUGGAACCCUGUGUGUGAUCAGUAAUUCACUCUUUGAAGGUGAAAUUGGAAAUCAUCCAUUGUUGGUGGUAACAUGCCACUAGCCAAA